CAUUUUUCUCACUGCAUACCCGCAGCAAGGCCAUCUCAGAGCCCUCAGUUGACGGAGUACGUUGCAGUACUUUUGUCUUGCGCUGGUUCUUGAGGCUUGCCCUUUGGAUUCCUUUACAUCCCCACACAUGCUCUACUUGCUAUCAUAAGAGCCCCGAUAAUACCUGGAUCUAUCCGCGAUCGUACCAAACUCAAUACCCGGACGCCCGACCCGAUAGCACCGACACUCAUUCGCAAUGGCACCUUCCUUGAGCCUGCGUCCUCGCACUGGCGAGCGACCUCCCACCAGGGACAACAGGGACAAUACCGACCACAGCCUAAUCAUUCCUAGCCGGACUUCUUCUCUCCACUCGCGAAUCACGCAGCCUCUCCCUUCUACAUUGAACGUCAAGCAGGGCGCAAGAAGCCCAAAAACGUUGACACAUGCGUACAUGGUGUGUGGUGUUGGCCGUGAGCCCUCGCAAUGGAUGAAGGCACCCGCGCCCGCUCAGGGCAAGAUUGGACACAUGAAGGGUGCAGUGGGAACUUUUUGGCUUCCAGAAAUCUUGGGAAGCAGCCCGAGACUGGAGCAGGAUAACGAUAUCGCGAGAUCUCUCCAUGCUGCUAUGCGAGCUUGCUUUCCUCACGAUGUCGAAAUCUGUACUGGCAGGAGUCAGCCCCACUGCGUCCAUCAUUCUUUCGUUCUACAACAGGACUCAUCUCACACUCUCUACGGAAUCGCGUUGCGCGUCUGGUCUCGCGCUGAUGAGAAGCGGGCUGAGACGAUCCGCGACUUGCGCAAGCGGAUUGAGCCAGACUUCUUCGACAACCCCGAGGAGACAUACUGGAUCCCUUACUGCUUGAGCUUUCUUUCCCGCUACCCCUUGUACAACCUUCUCGGUGACUACCUCCGCGGCAUGUGGAUACACUGGAACAAGGCUACGAACCUCUUCCAUGCUGAGGAGGUGUCUCGCAUUCUGAGUUUCCCCGCUCCCCGAUUAAACGAUUUGGUUCGAAUCGACAUGAAGGACUACGCGUUGUGCUACCAGUUCCCGUCUUCGCCAACUGGAUUCCAGAAUUUUGCCAUGUGGCCACUCUUCACAUGUCUCUCCAUCCCUAACAUUGUUGGGGUGAUCGAGGCUGCCGUGUCGCCUACACGACGAAUCAUCUUUACCAGCCAUUACCCUGCAAUGCUCACCAUUGCAGCCGAAACCAUACGAUACUGCGUAAGGGUGUACGAAUGGAGCGGUCUGUAUGUACCCGUUGUUCAUGCGCGUCAUGUCAAGGAUCUAGUACAGGAGCCGGGUCCGUACAUACUUGGUGUAACGUCGGAGUGCCGAUCCCUCUUUACAGCCCCAACAGAUGCGCUCGUCGUCGAUUUGGACCGAAACUUUGUGUUGACUUCGAGCCCGCCAACCGCUCUUACUGCUGGGCAGAGGACCAAGAUGAUCACCCGUCUCACCCAAGCCCUCAAUGGUGAGGUGGCACCAACUGGUGUUCCACAACACUUGCGAUCGGCCUAUGGUGGCGGCAAGCUAAUUCCCGCGGGUCAAAUCAUCGUGAUGCGUGGUGAGGUAGAAAGUAUCCAGGAUCCAGAUUGGUGGACACAGGAUGCAGUUAUGACGGUCAUGGAUCACGUGUGCGAGAAGCUCGGCCGGAACACUGGCGUAAAGGCUAUCUUUGGCGGCUCCGUCAAGAAGCCACUGAUGACAAAGGUCUCCAUGCGUCACCUCAACGAGAUUGUACGCGAGCGCAACCAAUACUCUCGGGACGCCCAGGAGGCUUGGCAAGACUUCAUCAAUCUCAAGGGCCGUAUGGAUACCGAGCUUUCCAAAGUCAGCAAGCGCAACAACUUCUUGGUCGAGGAGCUUGAGAGCUGGAAGCAGCAAUUCCUCAAGUUCCAGGCUUUUGCUGAACAACUCACGAAGGAAACCCAGGAGCUCAAGGUCAAGAUCGAGAACCACAAGCGUGAGAACCGACGCCUUAGCAGCCUCAUUGAUCAACAAAAGGACGAUGCUGCACGACUCACUAUCCGCCUUUCGGGUACUGAGAAGCAGCGCGAUGAUGCUUUGGAGGCACUUGUUCUCCAGCAAGAAAUCGCCGAGGAGCUCGAGCGCGAGAGGAAGAGGAACAAGAAGGAGAUGUCUGCUCUUCAACAUACCAAUGGCGCCAUCCUUCGCCAGCGCGACGAGGCUCAACGGGUUGUGCUUCAUCUCCGUGCACUCAUUGAGGGCCAGACCCACCAUAUGGAGCACAUUGUCAAGUCGCUAAACCAGGACGACAUGUCGACCUACAUUGAGGCUGGCUUCGAAGAUGUUCCUGAAGAGGAGGAGGAGUUCCAGGAUGCUGAUGCUGAUAUCGAUGUGUCGGCGAAGGACAAGUCGGAGGUCGGUACCAUCCGUGGCGUAGCUGGUAUUAACAACCGCAACGAUUCAAGAGCAAGCACCGUUGAUGGCAAGCAUCUUGAAGGUGAGGAUGUGACACCAGACAUGGAGCAGCGCCUAUACAACAGCCCAGCGCGUAACUCGAAGCGCUUCUCAAAUCAGUCCAUGGUCGACGUUGCUGACCGAGUGCUUCGCGACAAGACCGAUGCUAUCGCGUACAUCAUCCGCAACAUCUCCGAGCAGUGCGCUGCUGCGGUUGAGGGUCUCCAGCUGGCCCAGCGCGCGGACACCGAGGACGGCGACAACCACAGCGACCGCCGCAGUAGCCUUGGCCAGAUGUCGUCCGCAGGUGGACGCGCACAGUCGACAAUUGGUAGCGAGUAUGGCGACGAUGACAUGCUCCGCCCAGGACGCGGUUCAAGCAUUCCUCCCACCCCCGAUCUAAGCCAUAGGUCGAGCACGUCCAUGUCGAUGGCCAGCGCCUCGACAACGCCAGAUAGGUCGAGCCUCCAGCACCGGUCGCACGACAUCCCUGACGUUCCUACUCGUAUCUUGGAGGAUGAAGACGAUGUUGACGGCAACAACGAUCUGCAUGCCGACAUGGUACCUGUUUCCAAGUACGCGACUCCGCUGCAACGACCGGGCCAGGCUGUCCGACAUGCUCACUAAGCUUUUGCAUAACCCCUUCUUCAUUUGUUCAUCAUUAGCGACCGAGAACGACUAGCAUUGAUGCCCUUUCCCUUUAUUUUUUGGCGUCGGUGUUGUAGGCUUUGUUUGCCUUCUUACUAUCCUUGAGUACUCCUGUUAUCUCCCUUUCUUUCUCUUUCUUUUUUUAUUUACCGGGACGAUUAUGAACCCCCAUCGGGUCUUUUGUGUCAUUCGACGGCCGUUUCAUAUCCAGAGGAGGAAGCAGAAGUAG